GAACGAGCGAAAGGGAAUCAAGAUGGCGGACCUCGAAGAUGUAACGCUGGACGGGAGGCCGCUCCAAUCGCUCCGGGUGGCGGAUUUGAAAGCCGCGCUGGAGGAGAGAGGGCUUCCGAAAAGCGGACAGAAGAAUGCCCUCGUCAAGAGGCUCAAGGGGGCUCUCAUGUUGGAGAACCUUCAGAAAACCUCCUCUCAUCACAUCGGCCUGCAGCCCAACUCCCGGAUUGGGGAGGAAAUGAGCCAGAACAGUUUUAUUAAACAGUACCUGGCAAAACAGCAAGAGCUGCUCAGACAGCGUUUGGAGAGAGAGGCACGAGAAGCUGCAGAAAAUGAUGGGACAGACCAGGAAGACCACACAGAGGCCAAUGACAGCACAGUCUGUCCUGCCCCUAAUCAGGAUGUUGCUCCAACCUUAGUUGACCAACAUAAGCCUACAGCAAGUGAGGGCAAUGAGCAAAGAGAUAAAGAAAUGCCCGGACAGCCAUCACCCUCCACACCUGCCCAACCUGGGGCGAUAGCCUCUUUGUCAGUGCGGGUUGUUGGUGAAAGAGGGCCGACUUCAAGCCACGUACCAGCUGACAGUGAUGACGACAGCGGAGACGAUGACGAGGAAGAGUGGAAAACGAAUGCUCAGCGGAGUCGUCAAGCAGAGCUGCCAAAAAAACAACCAGUGAGGGAAAGAUCCAGUGGUUCACAGCAGCAGCAGCCACCCCCCCAACACAUACCUUUGCUAUCACAGCAGCUCAGACAGCCCACUCCACCACCGUCUCCUCCACCUGAACUUUCUUUCCCACUCCCAGACACCCCUAAACAGAGCCCUCCUAGUCCAGGAGAGCCCCCGUCUAGGCAACGCAUGUCUAGCUCUUCCAGCUCUGGUAGUUCAAGUAGUGACAGCCGUAGCAGUAGCCCUGAACCAGCAGGCGACUCCACAGAACGCAGACCCGGACCUCUGACCUUACUGGCACGUAAAAUGGCAUCUGAAGGAGCUUUUUCUGGGACGGGCAAGCAUGGUAGGGAGGGGGUUGAUAGGCAGUCUGCAAUCACCCACACAGCAAAUGCAGCAUCAGUUCUGUCAUACCCUAGUUCAGUGAUCUCCAACCAGGGAGUUAGUGUUGUCAGGACGGCAGUGAUAGAUGGGAGCAAUGCCUUGGAGCAGGAUGGGGAAAGCCGUCAUUCAUUAGAGCAAGAGAAUGAAAAGCGGCAAAGACAAAAAGAAAAAGAGAGGAUGAAAGCUCUUGAAAAGGAGAGAGAGGAAAGGGCACUGGAACAGGAAAGACGUGAGCGCGAAGAAGCUCUCAAACGGGAGAGGGAAGAGAGAGAGAGGGCUUUGGAACUACAGAGAAUAGAGAGAGAAAGACUGGAGCGAGAACAGGCUCUAGAACGAGAAAGGCAAGAAAAAGAGAGACUGGAAAAAGAGAAAGCUUUAGAAAGGGAGAGACUGGAACAAGAGAGGAUAGAAAGAGAGCAAGCUAGGGAGAGGGAGAGGCUAGAGCGAGAGAGGAUAAAAAGAGAGAAAGCUUUGGAGAAAGAGAGGAUAGAAAGAGAGCAAGCUUUGGAGAGGGAGAGGAUUGAAAGAGAGCAAGCUUUGGAGAGGGAGAGGAUUGAAAGAGAGCAAGCUUUGGAGAGGGAGAGGAUAGAGCAAGAGAGGAUAGAAAAAGAGCAAGCUUUGGAGAGGGAGAGGAUAGAAAGAGAGCAAGCUUUGGAGAGGGAGAGGAUAGAGCGAGAGAGGAUAGAAAGAGAGCAAGCUUUGGAGAGGGAGAGGAUAGAGCAAGAGAGGAUAGAAAGAGAGCAAGCUUUGGAGAGGGAGAGGAUAGAAAGAGAGCAAGCUUUGGAGAAAGAAAGACUGGAGAGAGAGAAGAUAGAAAGAGAGAAAGCUCUGGAGCGAGAGAGGCUAGAAAGAGAGCAAGCUUUGGAGAAAGAAAGACUGGAAAGAGAGAAGAUAGAAAGGGAGCAAGCUCUGGAGAGGGAGAGACUGGAGCGAGAGAAGAUCGAAAAAGAGCAAGCUUUGGAGAAAGAAAGACAGGAGAGAGAAAAGAUAGAAAGAGAGCAAGCUCUGGAGAGGGAGAGACUGGAGCGAGAGAGGGUCGAAAGAGAGCAAGCUUUAGAGAAAGAAAGACUGGAGAGAGAGAAGAUAGAAAGAGAACAAGCUCUGGAGCGAGAGAGGAUAGAAAGAGUGCAAGCUUUGGAGAAAGAAAGACUUGAGAGAGAGAAGAUAGAAAGAGAGCAAGCUCUGGAGCGAGAGAGGAUAGAAAGAGAGCAAGCUUUGGAGAAAGAAAGACUUGAGAGAGAGAAGAUAGAAAGAGAGCAAGCUCUGGAGAGGGAAAGACUGAAGCAAGAGAGGAUAGAAAGAGAGCAAGCUCUGGAGCGAGAGAGGGUAGAAAGAGAGCAAGCUCUGGAGCGAGAGAGGAUAGAAAGAGAGCAAGCUUUGGAGAAAGAGAGACUGGAGAGAGAGAAGCUAGAAAGAGAGCAAGCUUUGGAGAAGGAAAGACUAGAGAGAGAGCAAGCUUUGGAGAAAGAGAAGCUAGAAAAAGAGAAAGCUUUGGAGAAGGAAAGACUGGAAAAAGAGAAGAUAGAAAGAGAGCAAGCUUUGGAGAAGGAGAGACUGGAGAGAGAAGCUACAUUGGAGCAACAAAAACAAGAAAAAAAGGCCAAGGAACAGGAAAGAUUGGAAAGAAAGAAGUCUUUGGAGAGAGAACAACUUGAAAAGGAGAAAGCUUUGGAACAAGAAAGGUUGCAAAAAGAACAAGCUCUUGAGCGUGAGAAAGAGGCACAAAGGAAAGCAGAACAGGAGAGAGAGCAAGCAUUGGAAAAAGAACGAGAGGAGAAGGCUCUAAAGGAAGAAAAGGAGAGAACAUUGGCGGAGAAGGAACAAAAAAGAAUACAGGAUGAAAAAGAGAAGGCUUUGAAACAUGAAAAAGAUGAGGAACGAGAGAAAGAAAGAGAAAGCCGUCUUCCUCCAUGGAAACGUGGUCGUGAUAUUAGUGGUUUCUCCCGUUCAGUGGCUAAAACUCCUGAGAGUCAUUCAGGGAAGCCUGGUGGUAGUGAGGAUGGGGAUUCUCAAAGUGUCAGCAAUGAUUCUCGAUCUACAGAAUCUGUCCCACAAAAGUCACCCACACCCGUAACACCAUCAUCCCCUCAGUCCUCCUCUAAGAAGUCUCGUAUCCUCAGAGAUGCUCCUUUGACUACUCCUCUCCCAUCAUCUCCAGCUUCUGUGUUGAAGAGACCUCGGACCUUCUCAGACAGACCUAUGCCACAAGUUCCCAUAAUUCCGUUAGCAACUAAACCUGAAGAAGAAGUGCAAGAAGAUGCUGCUCAGGACCCUCAAACAUCACUGCAGACUGUCAGCCAGGGAGUCCUUGUUUCAGCUCCCCAUGAGCUAGAGACCAAAUCCCCAGAUGCGGCUGUCCAAAAACAUGCAUCACAACAGAAAGAGAAAGAGGAGACAUCAAAAGCAGGCAGAGAGAUCCAGGACAAUGAAGAAGACACUAAGCAUGAAACCGUUAGGAAAGUUAGGGAUGAGGAACAACCUCCUUCAUCGCCACCAGAGAAGAAAAGAGAAAGGGAGAAUGUAAAGAAAGAUGUGGAGAAAAGAGAAAGAAAAUCAUCAUCCUCAUCCAGUGAUAGUUCCUCAUCUGACUCAGAUUCUGGGUCUUCUUCCUCUUCACGUUCCUCUAGUUCGUCAUCAUCCUCGCAGGAGAAAACCCACUCUAUUCCCGAUGUUAGGAAGUCUAAAGACAUCCAGAAAGAUAUUUCAUCUCGGAACACAGAAAAAGAUAGCCCACCUGUGGCUGUGAUUGAAAAGCCUCCUACAGCCCAGCGUAAAAAACGUGUUUUCACAGAGCAGGAGGAGAAAGAUGUGAGCAAUGUAGACGUCAUUCAGACUAAGAGGCCCUGCAUUGAGCUGCAGGAGGAGAAGACAACAGGAUUGAAAAAGGAAGAUAAUGGGGAAGAUGAGACUAUGGACAACACUACAAGUAGUGAGGUGAAGGAAGCAGUCAUGGCUGAGCCCGAGAAGCUUCCAGAGGGCAGUGAGGAGAGCACCACGCCAAAGACCUUCUCCGCCCGGAGAAUCUCGCUUGGCAGUAGCAAACCAUCUCCUGGAGUGGGAAGUUCGGAAGGGGAAGUGGAGAGCGCGAGCGUGUCUGCUUCUGGUAGGAAGAGGAGAUGGGGCUCAAGUACAGCCGUCACUGCCAAGAAACCUUCAAUCAGCAUCACCACAGACUCUCUUAAAUCUUUAAUUCCUGACAUCAAGCCUAGCUUGGGCCAGGAGGCUGUUUUAGACCUGCAUCCAGAGGAGAUGCAUCUUUCAGGCGAGGAGGAAGGCGGAGAGAGAGGCGACCAAGACUUGAAAAUCAGGCGAACUGUAACACAGGUUGUGCCCUCUGACACACAAGAGAAUGGACAGAAGGAGUCCAAAAGAAGCGAUCGUGAAGAUGAGGAGGAAAGAAACGACCGGCAGCACAGACUUAGCCAGGAGGAGAAAACGGAAAACUCCGUUCAGAUUUCUGUGGAUGCGGAGAUGUCCCCCCCUGGCCGUGAUGUAGAUACGAAGACCGUGACUCCCAGUGACACACUGAUUCGGCGAUCCAUUAGCCAGCAGAAGUCAGGAGUGAGCAUCACCAUCGAUGACCCAGUCCGCACAGCCAAGCACACCUCUCCUCCUCGUGGCAAGCUUUCUAACAUCGUCCAUAUUUGCAAUCUGGUGAGGCCGUUCACGCUGGGGCAGUUGAAGGAACUGCUAAACCGCACGGGCGCUGUAGUCGAGGAGGCUUUCUGGAUCGACAAGAUUAAAUCUCACUGUUACGUCACAUACUCCAGCGCAGAAGAGGCGAUGGCCACACGGGCGGCACUACAUGGGGUUAAAUGGCCCCAGAGUAACCCAAAGUUCCUUAGUGUUGACUUCUGCCUGCAGGAGGAGUUGGACUUCCACAGGGGUCUGGGUCCAGCCGGAGAAAAACCACCAGAGGAGGCACGCGGGGCGUCGGCUACCGGGCCAGGCCGUACGGUUCCCCAACCUCUCCUUCCAGACCGUGACCAGUGGGCAGAACGAGAGAAGGAAAUGGAAAGGCGUGAAAGAGCGCGUGCGGAAAGGGAAUGGGACCGGGAUAAGGUGAGAGACUUCACCAAACCCGGAGAAGAACGGGAGGCUGGGGCCAGGCGGUCGCGGUCUAGAGAACGUGAGAGGCGGCGCAAGGAGAGAGGGAAGAGCAAAGAGAGAAAGACAGAGAAGAAGGAAAAAGCUCCAGAAGAGCCACCGGCGAAACUGCUGGAUGACCUGUUUCGCAAAACCAAAGCGGCACCCUGCAUAUACUGGCUCCCGCUUAAUGAAGAACAAGCAGCACAGAGGGUAGAGGCUCGUGCCGAGCGCAUGAGAGAGAGAGAAAAGCGGAGAAAGGAGAUGGAAGAGGAGGAGGAUAAAAAGCGCGAAGAGGAGCGCAGAGAGAGAACGAAGACCGGCGGAGCGACCGGAGGAGAGAACGAGAGAGAGCGCGACAGGGGUCGAGAGAGGGAACGCGAGGCGGAUAAACGACGAGAAGGAUAUCGCAGGCCUGCCGGAAACAGUGCGAGCGGGAGCAGAAGGUCAAGGAGCCGGAGUGACCCUCCGCCCAGAGACCGACGGCGCUAAUGAAAAUCUGGAACUGUCCAGUUUGUAAGGCCCUUUCCUGUACGUGCUGUAACAGCUCUAUGCCUACCUUUCUGAGGACCAACUCAGACUCGAUACAAACACAAACACACACACACACUGCAUAAAGAUGCACACAAGUGCACACACCUCAUUGGGACCACGGUGGUGCUGUGUCUCCAUGUAGACUCUUGUCUCGUCGUCUGGGCUUUUAAGACUCCUGGUGUUCAUUUCCCCUUCUCAGUGUUAAUGGACUUCUGGUAUAACUGGGCCGCACAUCAUCUUAUUUGAAAUGUCACCAGCUGAUGGGAAAGCAGGGACUCGUAAGAGUCCUGUCCUCGAGCCCUUACCCACAGCCUCUGCCCCCCCGUCAUGUUUUUAGGUAGUUUUUUUUUAUUUUGAGGUUUGGUGAUGUCUUCGUUCUCCUUCAGUGUAGUGCAGAAGGAUGAGUGAUGCUGCCUUCUUAAAGAAAUGAUGAUGAUGAUGAUGAUCUGAAAGCUUUGGUGUGACCAGACUACCAUGUGUUUUCUCCUUUGUUUCCCCCCUCUCGUUCAUAUUUUCUUGUCGUUUUAUAUCGUCCGCUUUUUACCACACUUUUGCUGUUACCCCGCGUUGCCAUGGAGAAUGGGAUGCAUAUUUAACCUUUUCACAUUUGGUUUUAAAGUUUUUUUUUUAUCGUUUUAGCGUAAAUGCUGACAUUUGCUUUCUUUUUAUUUUUUUUGUUUGCUCCUGUAAGUGCUGAAUGUACAAAUAAUAAAAGGUUACAUCUAAGAUCUGAAAA